AUGAUCCAAGGGCUGGAGCACCUCUCCUGCAAGGGAAGGCUGAGACAGCUGAGCUUGUUCAGCCCGGAAAAGAGGCUUAGGCUUGAGCAAACUGUGGCCUUCCAGUACCUGACGGCAUUUAUUUGUUUGCUUGUUUGCUUCUUCCCUUCCGCGGGGCGCGCUCCGGCUCCUCCGUUGGGCUCGUGGAGGGAACGGACGAAUGGAGUCGCUCCGGCGGCGCCACCUCUCUCAAUUUUCGCUCGCACUUCUCCCUCUCACACUCCGUCCACUCCACUCCACUCCCGUCCCGCCCCGUCCCUGUCUCCGCCUCUCCCGGCCCGGCUCAGGCCGCGUCCCUCAGGCCGUCCCUCGGCGGUGCCGCCUCCGCCGGGCUCUCUCCGUACUGGCAGCGGCGCCGCUGGAAGUGCCGCUCGCUCUGGUACCGGCGGAACAGCACCGUCUUUUGGCUCCGCCUGGCUCUGGCCCCGGCCCCGAACGAGGCCCCUCCGGCAGUUCCGUCCGGAGCCGCCUCGCUGCCGCCCGGCUCCUGCCCUGUCCCCGGCAGCUUCCCCGGUCCGAGCUCGGCCGCUCGUCAGCUCGGCCGCCGGCCCCGAGCCGCCGGAGCCCGGGGCGGCUCGGGAAGCAGCAGCGCCCGGGGGCCCCGGGCAGAAUGCCGAGAGCGCGGUGCCGCCCGCACGGGCGGAGAAGCCUCCCCUGGAGCAGCUCUACCGGCAGGGCCCGCUGCUGGGGAGCGGCGGCUGCGGCAGCGUUUACUCCGGGACCCGGCUCGCCGACGGCGCCCCGGUAAGAGGUGGGGCCGGGUCGGAGUGGGGCGGCGGGAGGCGAGCUCAGCCCGCCGCUCGCCUUGACUUGCAGGUGGCCAUCAAGCGAGUGUCCCGCGAUCGCAUCCCGGAGUGGGCGCGGCUGCACAGCGGCGCCCUUGUGCCCCUGGAGCUGGCGCUGCUCUGGAUGGUGUCGCGCCCUGGCUUCCGCGGCGCGGUGCGGCUCCUGGACUGGUUCGAGCUGCCCGACGGCUUCGCGCUGGUCAUGGAGCGUCCGGAGCGCUGUCAGGACCUCUGGUACUUCCUGGAGGAGCGGGCGCUCCUGACGGAGCCCGUGGCGCGGGGGCUGUUCCGCCAGGUGCUGGAGGCCGUGCGGCACUGCACCAGCCGCGGCGUCCUGCACCGCCACAUCAAGGCCGAGAACGUCCUCGUCGACCUGGCCACCGGCGAGGCAAAGCUCAUCGACUUCGUGUGCGGCACGAUCCUCCAGGACACCUUCUACACCCGAAUGUCAGGAGCUCUCCUUCCUCCAAGCCCCAUGUGCAACAGAGAGCAGGAGAAUGGGAAAAAUGGCACAGGCUGUGACAAUAGUGAUGCAAAGAACCAGGAACUGAUGUCAGAAGGAAAAGGGUGUAAGGCUUCCUUGCUGUAUUCCAGUGGUGGGGAUAUGAAGAAGGGUUCCUUGGGACAGCCUUUGAUUCCCCCUAUACACAAGGCAAUGAGUCCCCCUGUUGGCAGUGCUGCAGUGUGUGUCUCAAGCUCUCUGCAGCUGGAUUUCCAAGAGUCCCAGGAGAUGAGGCCAAAAUCCAGCAGCAGAAGCAAAGAGAACAACUCUGAACAUGCAAGUAGGUACAGAGCAUGCCUGUCCUAAAAUGACCAUUGGAAUGCUGACCCAGGGGUGGCAUUGUGAAAAUUUGGUUGAAAACCAUCCUGGUUUAAAUUUCUUCAAAUUCAUUUCAAUUCCUUGAUGGGCUCAGUGGACUUUCCCAGAGUCCAGUCACUGGGAGUGUGCUCUGGUGGUGCAGUGAAAAUUACUCCAGUGUGAAGUGAUGAGUGGCAGGAGCUGGAGUGGUACCUUGGGGCCCUGGAAAUGCACCACAGGAAAAGAAAACAUUCCUCUCCAUCCUGCACAUGCCUUUCAUCUCCCUGCACCCUUUCUAAAGUAACAA